AUGUCAAACUCUCAAUGGUACUCAGUUUAUAAACUCAAAUUCACGCUUGCUGUUCAAGACCCUGAUAUGCCGAGCCCUCGAUAUCAUACUGUCAUAUUUGUAGAGACAGACGUUGAUGCCAGUGGUACGAAAUUUCAUGUCAUUGGUGACAUUACCAGUGGUAUGAGCUAUGAAUCAACAACCUUCCACAUUGAAGAUAAUUCCCAGCCCCUGCAUUCGAAGGAACUACUAGGAUACACCAAGGCUGUCAACUUUAAACAAGAAUGGGAUUCUAUUCUAAAAAAUCUCCCGCCACCGCCAAAGCAGAAAGCUUUUAAUAUCGAAACUAUGAAGACAGAACCAGUGAAGGAGUGGGAUCCGUUGACAUUUUAUAACCCUGGGGAGCAUCGGAAGCCUCUCGUUAAGUGCACGGAAUGGACAGAGAAGCAAGCAAUUCCCGCACUUCUUAAGGCUGGCCUUAUUAAAGAAAUUCCAAUCAUAUCUUAG